AUGGUUUGGUCUAAUUUACUCGUUGUCGCCGCUGCCGCACUGCAGCUUGGCUCAGUCGUUGCUGAGCCGCCAGUACCGUCACUGCCGGCGGGUCCUGGGCCAGUCGCUCCGUCAGCCUCAGCUGGACCACCGCCAGUACCACCACCUCCACCAAAAGAUACGCCUCCCAAAGACGAUUCACCAAAAGAUGUACCACCAACAGACGCGCCUGCUCCAGGCCCUGAGUCCGAGAAGCCACCACCGACAAGCGCACCAUCGAUCAAUCCGACAUUUCCACAACCAUGGGACAAGCUCGAGGACAUCAUGUACCUCAACAUGGGCUACAACGCCGAGGAACUCUCGCAGCCGUUCACUCCCUGCAGCACCGAGACCAAUGGGUUCAAUCCAGCUGCUGGCUUAUUACGUGUCGCUUUCCACGACACGGCACAGUAUGAUGCUGCCGCGCGCGUUGGAGGGCUUGAUGCUUCCAUAGCCUUCGAACUCACGGGGGAUUUGGGCAGAAGCAAUGGUGGCCCUUUCGUCGUGAACUCUCUCACGUACCUCUCUCGCUACUACUCGGACCAGGUCUCCAUGUCGGACUUGAUCGCGGCGUCGGUCUACUCAGCUGUUCGUGGCUGUGGUGGCCCUAUCGUCCCAGUUCGAGCCGGCCGCAUCGACGCAACUCAAGCUGGUGCGCCUGGCGUUCCCAAUGUGCUGGAUAGCUUGGCAAGCAUGACUGCCGGAUUCAAGCGUAUGGGAUUCGACACCCAGGAAAUGAUCAAAUUGACUGCUUGCGGCCACACUAUGGGAGGCGUGCACCCUCAGCUGUUCGGGAUCGCGAACCCAGAGAACAAGUCGGUCUUUCAUUUUGACGCGACACCUGGCGGAUAUGAUAACGCUGUGGUUGUCGACAUCGUUCAGAACAAGUCUGUCGACCAUCUCUUCACAACAGGGCUCGCCAAUUCGGACAAAAAGAUCUUUACUUCCGAUAAUGGCACCACCUUGGCUUCGCUUUUCAAAGCUGAAGUCUACCAUCAUGAAUGUCAAGUCUUGCUGCAGAGAAUGAUUGAGCUGGUUCCUGGCAAUGUUCAGCUCUCGGAGCCAAUCGCACCAUAUGAGGUCAAGCCUGGCGUUGUGCAGUUGUCGUUGAGCACGGAUGGCAAGGUUCUGGAGUUCUCUGGCGAGGUCCGCAUCCGCACCACAACGCUUUCUUUGGACUCCAUCAUGAGCGUUGAGGUGAUCUACUAUGAUGACGACGGCAAGGAGGUUGACUCGAUCGCCACUGAACUCGUUGGUACUGCGAGCGGUCACGACGACACCUUUGCCUUCUUCGGCUGGGCGGCGGAGAUCGAUGCCAAAGCAGGAGUGUCGGCCUACACGGUUGUAAUCACGUCUAAGGACGGCAAGGCUCUUACAUACGACAACAAUGGCCACAAAUACGACGUUGAAGACGCUAUCUUCAUAGACCGCCCGUCAAGCCACAUUGGCAAGGGUGACGCCCAAGGCAACGUCAAAGUCGAGAUCGUCGUCGUCACGCGCGGCGAAGCCUCCUCUCCUACGCUGACCCUGACAGCCCAAUCCAAACGCGAUAACGACGACAACCCGCUCCCAGUUCUCUCGUCCACCAGCUACCCACUCAAGAAAUCCUCCACUAACGGUGCCUUCACGAUCUAUGUUGUGACCUUCACACUCAAGAAAUACCAGCUCAUCGCCGGAACGUUUACAAUCACCGCUACGGUCGACGGCAAGGAAGUCAAGCUGCCCUACAACAAGUUCAUCGGCUUCAAAGGCCACCAUCACCCAGGCGGUCAUCCUGGUCAUGGUAAUGGUCCAGGUGGUAGUGGUCCAGGCGGGAAUGGCACUAUCCCUGGUGGCGACGGUCCCGGUAGCGAUGGUCCUGGGAAUGAUGGCCCAGGCGGUGACGGUCCCGGAAGCGACGGUCCAUGGACUGAUAAUCCUGGUGGCGAUGGCUGGGGUGGUGAAGGCCCAGGUGAUGGUCCUGACGGCAGACCACCUCCACCUCCGCCCAAGGCCUGCACGACUGAAGCGGCGCCGUGCGAUGCGCAGCCGUGGGCGACCGACACCACUUGGGUGGUGCCGACGCCGAGCGUGCAUACCAAGCCUUAUGGCGGGUGGCCAACGGAUACGCCUAACUCGCCGGGCAAGCCCGGUAGUGGUGGAAGUGGUAGUGGAAAGCCUGGUUCUGGACACGACGGGCACGGUAGCGGCUCACCUGGCAGCAGUGGCAGCGACGGCAACAGCGAGCCAUGGACUGACAACGGUGACGACAGCUGUGAAGAAGGUGGCGAGUACACCUCGCCUGCCAAGUCAACGUGGAUCGAAUGGUCUCCCGCCCCAGCUCCUGCGACAAACACGCCCUAUGCGCCGACUGCGCCGAAGCCGACGAGUACGACUGGAGGGCCGAAACCGACUGGGGUCGCGGUCUAUACCGGUGGUGCUGGGGCGAAUGCGGUGGUAGCAUGCAGUGGGGUGUUUGUUGCGGCUGUGCUUGGAUUGGCGGCGCUACUGUGA